CGAUCAUCGACGUCCACCUCCUAGCACACACACACCCUACACCCUCCAUUCCCUGUCACGAGAGUACCAGACGAUAUCACACAAUGAAGGUAGCAGCUCUAGCACUGGUGGCGACUAGCACGGCUUCGGCAGCGCAGCAGCAGUCAUGCUUCGUGCCAUCAGUCGGAGGCGGUCUCAGGCCAUCUUCAAAGACAACGAGCAGCAGCAUGCAGAUGAAGCUUUGGGAUUUCGGGCUCAACCGCGAGGCGAUCACCGGGCCGUCCCAGGUGGACGAGAACUGGAAGGCUCAGCAAGAAAUGCUCAAGCGACGAAACAACAAGGGCGCCAUGGACAAGUACAAGUCUAAGGUCAACGAAAAGAGGGCACAGGCGGACGCGAAGGCGAACAAGUGGAAAUGGCAGACCGAGAAGUCUAGCUUUGACCCGCUCGUGGCGUGGAAGAAGAUGAAGUCAGAGGGCAAGAUCGACGAGGUUUACGAGGAGGGUGAGAACGAAGAGGGCGGUAUCCCGAUCCCGAUGGCCAGCUUCGGGGUGGGAGGCAGCUUCGGCGUCGGCGGGAAGUGGGACGAGGGCGGACGGUUCGACCUCCGACUUCCCUACGCCGACCAGGGCUACGUUGACCCGGACGAAGCCCCGAUGAAGAAGAUCGGCAGCGUCUUCGGCUGGAACAAGAAGGAAGAGACGGCGGAGGCCGCACCCAAGUCCGCUGCCAAGAAGGGCGCCAAGGGCAAGAAGCCCGCGCCGGCCACCGAGGCCAAGCCGAAGAAGACCGGCUGGUGGUAAAACAGACGCCUUAUUUUGUUGUGGAUUGCGGGGCGGGCGAGGGGCGGGGGGGGGGGUCAAAGCAACCCCCACGAGUUUGUAUCGGUCGGGGACUUCUUUUGCCGUCUUGCUGUGGGUCGGAAAGUCGGCAACACCCUCUGCCCGUCUUGAUUGUUGUUUGAUCGAAACUCAGCAGGGGCAUUUCUGUUUGUGUCGAGUUUGCUCUCGUGUUGCUCUCAUGUAACCUUCGUUUGGUACAUACUUUUUGUUUCCUCCGUGGUACGCCCUGUGGUGCGGCGAGGUGUGUUAUCCCGUUACAUGGGGGGAGAGGAAGCAUGUAUCUUAGCGGCGAGGGCGCGUUAGACCGUAGAGCAAUAUCAGAAUCGCUCGAGGCUGUUAGGUGGAAGCAGAACGUCCAUGGCACGAUCGUUCGUGGCUAGUACAUAAAGGAGUGUCGAGAGAGAGAGAGAGAGGUUCUCCUGGUCACGAGGCGUGCAUGUGUGUACAUAAGAAGAACGCCGGAGAAGAAGAGGGUUGUACGGUAGCUGUAUUGGAUGCAUGCGUAUUCUCCGUGAACGUGCGCCAAUGGGGCUUAUCUAGUUCGUGGGCGUUGCGGGUGUGGUGUUUUGUGUUCGCUGAAAGGACGGUGGGCGGUGACACAUCGCGCAGAAGACGAUGAUGCCGGGGUGCAUGAAUAAAAAUAUUCAACGAAGAAACUG